AUGUUGCCCAUCGUCUUCUUUGCAUUCAUCCUUACUUGGUGCUUAAACAAAGGCAACUGCAUCUCCUAUGAUGAGCUGAAGGACCUGAAGAUUGAAUUUGCAAUCAAUCUCUACCGCCGUGCCUCUGAAGCAGACAACAGAACCAACUUGGUCAUUUCCCCAGCAAGCGUGGCCAUUUCUUUGGAGCUGCUGCAGUUUGGAGCUCAAGGAAAUACCUUCAUGGAGCUGCAGAAUGCUCUAGGAUACAACGUUCAUGAUCAAAGCGUGCAGGAUAUGUUACUCAAGGUGUAUGAAGGAGCAGCUGACUCUGGCCAGGGUGCUGUGGUGCAGCUGGCAUGCUCCCUCUUCACGCACACUGGUGUGCAGCUCUCACCCCACUUUGCUGCACAUAUCACGCACUGGGCCAACAGCAGCCUUCAGCAAGCUGACUUCACCAACCCCAACCAAACUGCAGCCCAGAUACGGGGGUGGAUCAUUGGUAACAUUGCAGACAGGGACGUGCACGGUGUGCCUUCUGAGGAAGCUGUGUCACCGCUCAGCCGGGUGGCUGUGGUGAGCACCAUGUAUUUCAAGAGCACGUGGCUGAAGAAGUUUCCCUUUAUGGAUACCCAGAUCUUGCCUUUUACCACGGCAGAGAGCUCAACCCUGAAAGUACCCACAAUGCAUCACACAGCUGAAGUUAACUACGGUCAGUUCCAGACAACGACUCAGGAUGCUUUCAGUGUCGUUGAGUUACCCUACCUAGGGGAGAAACUCAGCAUGUUCAUAGUGCUUCCAAGCCACAAACGAACACCUUUGUCCCAGAUUGAGUCUCAUCUUUCUGCCAAAACCAUAACACUCUGGUCCAGCAGCUUAAAGAGGAUGAAGAUGGAUAUUUUUCUACCUAGGUUUAGUAUUCAAAGCCUUUUUGAUCUAAAGACAGUUUUUUCUGCCUUGGGAAUUAGAGAUGCAUUUGAUCCCACCACUGCUAAUUUUAAAGGCAUUUCAGAGCAAGCUGGCCUUUAUAUUUCAGAAGCUAUUCACCAUGCAAAGAUUGAAGUAACAGAGGAUGGCACAAAGGCAUCAGGAGCUACAGCAAUGCUACUACUGAAAAGAUCUCGGACACCUAUUUUCAAAGCAGACAGACCUUUCACUUUUUUCCUGAGACAAGCCAACACAGGCUCAGUACUCUUUAUAGGAAGAGUUACAAAUCCUUCAUAA